GACAGUUUUAUCCUCAAACAGCUAUCUGGUAUUAAAACUCACAGUAGUGACACAAAUUGUGUUAGUAGUAUGUUCAUUUAGUGAAAAUAAUAAUGUUUUUAUUACCUUUGCUAUGUUUAACACUAUCUUAUUACGCGUCUGCGAAUUAUCUUAGCUAUAGUUGUAGAACAGACCCAAAUUAUGGUACUCCCUCUAUAGAUCUUGUCAGAGAGCCUGACAAAGUUAACCAAACAUGGAAUAUAAAUAAAGAUAUGAAUCAUGCAUUUAUUGACGCGUGUAAAAACUUUUACGAUAUACGCAAUAUUCCUAUCCAGGAUAGUUUUGACAAUAAUAUUGUCUACUUCGGAUUUUCGGGUGAUGAUGAUGAAUUAGAUCGCAUCACACAGCGUGGACUGGAAGUCGUCGGGGACGCCGUCGAAACACUUGGAAAUGUAACUUGCGAGCAAAUUGACAAUUAUGAAAUAUGUAACAGAACCAAAGUAGUAAAUCUUGUCUCUAAAAAGCUUAAAGAUAAUUAUGGAGACGACAAUGUUUUCGACUUGAUAAAGAAUAUGCUUGGAGAUAAAGAGACUAGGACCGUCACACACGGGAGAAGUUGUGCCCCAGUAUUUCAAAACAUUACAGAACUAUACAAAGUUGUACUAUGCGAUGAAAGAUACACUGACAUAAACGUUUAUACACGUCCUUUGAAAGUAGUAGUAUCGAAGAUGAACGAUUGUAAGUCAACGUUAGAAAAAUAUGAUUAUUCCGUUCUUGCGCUAUUGACAUCUAAAGGUUUUGACCAUUGGUCGGUUCACUCAGUACCAACUAUAUUCUAUGACACUCCUUAUGCUUCUGCAGAAGACGAGGCUGCUUUUCCAAAUUCUGUUAGUCUAUUACCAUGGCGACUGUUGAAAUAUGGUUUCUUAGGAUUUAUAAGAUCAAUGGGCUGGGAAAGAGUUGUGAUUGUAUCCGAUGUUUCACAAUACAGCAUUGAAUUUGAACAUGAAUUGACAACGUUGUUUGUCAAAGAAAGGAUAGUUUACACGACGGUGAAAAGCGAAGAUUAUAGAUUCGACGUUGCUAAGAUCUCAAAAAAACUUCAUAUGACCAUGCCGAGGAUAGUUAUUGCGAACCUUGAGGAAGAAAACGCUUUAAAACUUAUGCGUUUGUGGAAAAUACCUGUUUGGAUCGCGAGAGAUAUAUCUAAAAUGAGAGCUGAUCAGCAGCAAUUACCCCAACGCUUGUUCUCAAUUUCUUUGGGCGCUGCCACCGAACCCAACUGUGGCGUGGACGCUAAUAUUCUGUCUGGACUUACCACCAUCUUCAAGGCUUACCAUGCUAAGGCCCUAAACCCCACCAUGAGAAGGCGUAACUCUUCGAAGCUACUGAUCGAUGAAGCAAGAAAGUUAGUGCAAGAGACUGCAGCAGCUAAGGCUUACGUAUACAAGUUAGGACGGCAUCCAGCAUAUGACAAGCUAAUAUCAACCUUGAGAGUAGAUGACAGUGGGUUCAAAGUUCUUUAUCUCACAAAUCCGUUUAAAACUGGUAUUCCUUCUGACGGGACGGCCCAAUGUUUGGCUAAAAGCAAUACGUACUCAAAACCUUGUGAAGACACUUUUGUCUUGUUGCUAAUGUGUGUGGUGAUACUCUUCUUCACGACUGCUCUUUUGAUCUCUUGUUACUUUCACAAGUCUUCUCCAUACAAUGAUCCGAGAUAUCACAACUUUUAAUUUUUCAUCGUA